GAGGAAGAAAAACAGGAAGAAGAGAAGAGAGGAGAAGGGAGAAGAAAAAGGGAAGAGAAGAUGGGAAGAAGCACAAGCCAUGAUUCACACAUUCAAACCGUUUGAAUAAUAACCCAUCGGAGACUGAGAGGACCUUUUCUUCUCACCGGAACCCUAACCAACCACCACCGUAAUCCAUGGCACUCUCCUCCGCCACCGCCACACAAUCCCUCCGGCGACACUAAACUUCCUCUCCCGCCGCCGCCGGUAAUGGCUCACGCGCCACCGGCCGAGAACCCAAUGCAACACCGUCUCGGCUGGAUACACGAUUCACACCCCUGUCUCUCUCUGUUCUAACCAACUGACAGAUUUGUUCGGGCGAUCGCAACUAACUGCCCGUCCCGGAGAGAUUCUUCGGUGGCGGUUAUGGCGAAGGGAGGGCAGUUUUUCUUCGAGAAGCUUCGGAGAUGCGUUCGAACGGUUUUCUUCGUGGUGGCAUUGGUGACGUCGCUGGUGGUUACGUCGCUGCCGGUGGUGGUGGCCGUUGUCGACGUUCUGGUUCCAUGCGUUUUGAUCUCGAAUUUCACUUGCAUCAGAUGCUACGGAGUGACGGAGCAUUUUCGUCGCUACGCUUUCAAGAGCUCCUUGACCGAUAUUCCUCUGGUUUCACUCAUGAGAUCUCUCAUCAUUCUCUGUGUUUAUUCAAUUUGUGAUGCUCCUGCACUAUCACAUGGUCCUUACCUGGGUACUGUGACUCUGUGUUCCAUUCUCUCAACUGUUCUCCUUUCAGUGAAGACUUGUGUUUUCACUGUGAAUUCUCAGAUUGAAGCAGAAGCUUCAGCUUCCCUCAAGAGGCAGAGGCUCCAUUUGAAGAAGUCAUGGGGGAUGCCUGUGUUAUUUCUUUCAUCAGUUGUGUUUGCCCUUGGCCACAUUGUGGUUGCUUACAGAACCAGCUGCAGGGCACGGCGAAAGCUCUUGUUUCACCGAGUUGACCCUGAAGCUGUCCUAUCAUGCAAAAAUGUUUUCUCUAGCUAUCAGAAGGUCCCGCGGUCUCCUACUCCUUCUGAGGGGAGGACCCCAAAAAGUGACGGUGAAAUGAGGCGGAGACCUUUUGGGGCAGCUCGCAAUGAAGAAUUGCUGGUCAGAUUACUUGCAGACUCAGACAGCAUAUUCAUUACACGCCAAGGACUUACUCUCCAUUACAAGCUCAAGUUACCGGGUUCAUCUCUGCAUCCUCUGUCCUCAACUUCCUGCGCUGAAUCGAGUUCAAGUUGCAGCGCUUCAUCCAUGGCUGAAGUGUUGGCAAAAUCUGAUAGACAGUCGCUAAGUAUGCCUCCGAAAAUGCAGCCAAAGCUGUGCCGGAGCUAUAGCAAUCAACUCAAUGUCUCUUCUUUAUAUGAUCCUCUAUUAGAUAGUCACAGUCAUAAAACUUCUGAAGAUAUCCCUGUUUUUCGUCUAGAUGGUAUUUGUGAAGAAAAUGAAAUUAGUAAAUUGGAUUCUUCGUCUCCGGAGAAACCUUUUGAAAGUAUUAGCCAAUUAGGUAUUGUUUUAAUACAUGGUUUUGGUGGAGGAGUCUUCUCUUGGAGGCAUGUAAUGGAAUCUCUAGCUCUGCAGAGUAAUUGCAGAGUUGCUGCAUUCGAUAGACCUGGUUGGGGAUUAAGUUCAAGGCCACGCCGAGAGGACUGGGAGGAAAAAGAAUUGCCUAAUCCUUAUAAGCUUGAAAGUCAGGUUGAUCUGCUUUUAUCAUUCUGUUCUGAGAUUGGAUUUUCCUCAGUGGUUUUAAUCGGUCAUGAUGACGGAGGCUUGCUUGCUCUUAUGGCUGCACAAAGAGCUCAAACGUCAAUGAAUUAUUUCAAUGUUACUGUAAAAGGGGUUGUAUUGCUAAAUGUCAGCUUGUCAAAGGAAGUGGUUCCUUCCUUCGCAAGAAUCCUGCUGCAUACCUCACUUGGAAAGAAGCAUUUGGUUCGCCCUCUACUAAGGACGGAAAUUACUCAAGUGGUGAAUCGGCGUGCUUGGUACAAUGCCACCAAACUAACAACAGAAGUUUUGACUCUCUAUAAGGCUCCACUAUCUGUUGAAGGAUGGGAUGAAGCACUUCAUGAGAUUGGUAAGUUAUCAUCUGAAACCAUCCUUUCAGCAAAAAUUGCAGAAUCAUUGCUGCAAGCUGUAGAAAACAUUCCAGUGUUAGUUAUUGCUGGUGCCGAAGAUUUGCUCGUCUCCUUAAAAACUAGUCAAGCUAUGGCCUCAAAAUUUAAAAAUUCUAGACUGGUUGCAAUAUCUGAAUGCGGCCAUUUGCCCCAUGAAGAGUGUCCAAAGGCAUUGCUUGCAGCUAUAUCACCCUUCAUUAGUAGACUCCUGCUUGCAUCUGACUUGCAAAGCCAAUAGAUCCAUUUCUUUUAAAGGAUUUUAGAUAGUUUUCUUUUUGUAGACUCUGGUCUUCCUUCUUCUUUUGCCGUCUUUUGAUUUCUUUCUUUCUUCUGUUUCUUUCUAUGCAAUAUUACUUCAAGAGAAAGAGGCCAAAGGGUCAUCUAUUCUCUGGGGGUGUUUUUGACAUGGUAGGUCUAGGGGGUUUUAAGCUGUAUUUUCUUCACUUUUUCCACCCUGUUUAGCUGUUACCAUCAUGUUUGUUUCUGAUGCUUGUAGUUGUCAUUUCCCACGAAAAGAAAGCUAGGCUUGUAUACAUUUGUAAAUUAAUAAUCAGACUGAGAAUGGCUUGCUGAACGAAAUUUAUUCAA